AAACUUUACGCGUCCCGUUUCUUGUUGCAUAUAAAAGGUAUGCUCAUAGCACGUUGUUUAUAAGGCUGUUAGUUCCUUCUCUCCAAAUACAUUUACAAAUGAAAGGAGGAGUCUCUUAAAAAAACGACAAUCGUUUGUAAUCCUUUAAUGUCUGACACUUUGCUCUGUCAAUACACAAAAUUGAGCAUUUCAGCAUCCCGAACCAGGAGAUAUGGAGGGUGCAUUGCUUCGAAAUGCGAAAUUGGGGGUGUCGUUAUUAGAGUUCAUUAUGGGGAAGUAGACUGUGAUGGUGUUCGGACAGACUUGGGGUCGGCAUCGGCAGCCCGUGACACCCAACCAGUCCUGUUUUUUUUUUUUUUUUUUUCAAAAGUUGAGUACUUCUCUCAGGUAAAGUGAUUUUUUUUUUCAAAUCAAAGGAGUGGGAGGGGAUGGCGAGUAGGGUGUGGGGGUGUCCGCUUUUGUUCUGCAGAAAAAGGGGGCUUGUUCUUUGCAGAUCAGACUGACAUUUUAACCGGGAGUACAGCGCCAAGUGAGACGCUUGAGAGCAGUGUGGGAUGGGAGCAGACAGUGCGGAGAAGGAUCGUCCCAUGUGUAGUUCUCCCACAGCCGAGCGGAUCAGGGCUCCCGAACCUCUCCGAAACCAGUGACGAGACCGAGCACUCACACCUGGACGUCGGGAAGGACCACGGGGAUUGCAGGCGGAGAGGGGGUGGGGGGAGUCUGACAUUAGGGAUGAAUUUCUAAGACUCCCGGUCUUCAAAAAAAAAAAGAUAAUGAAAAUAGAUUAACUAAACCAUGCAGUGCCCUUUUCAACAAUUCAACGCUCAGAUCAGCUUCUGCAAGUACACUUAAGAGUUUUACCCUCAUUCUAUUUCAAACGACCAGUUGAAGUCAUUCAUCAACUUUAACCGUAUGGUGUGCUCAGAGGAGCGACAGCGGACUGUCCCUUUGACAUUGAUGUGGUCAAAAACAAGUCUGCCGUGUGCCCGUGAGCCUUUACCACGACAUCUGACUUUUGGAUUUUUAUUAAAUCAUUUGGAGCUUGAAUUCCCUCAAGAACGACUGGACUGAAAUUGCUGAAAAGUAUAAUCUUUGAAUUUCCUAAGAAGAGCUUUUCGCCAUCAUCCAACAUGCGACCCGCAUCGAGAUGCAGCUACGUGUUCAUACACAUGUUCGCAUUCUUCUUCUACGCUCAGGUAACCAAUCAGUCCCCGCCUAAUUUCACGCAGCAUGUAAGCGCGCAGAGCAAAGUGACAGACCGCGUGAGCCGCAGGUUGAUCCGGAUCUACCAGCUGUACAGUCGAACCAGUGGAAAGCAUGUGCAGGUCCUGCCCAACAAGAAGAUCAACGCCAUGGCUGAAGACGGAGAUCUGCACGCCAAGCUAAUUGUGGAGACAGACACAUUUGGAAGCCGUGUGCGUAUCAAGGGAGCCGAGACUGGCUUCUACAUUUGCAUGACCAAGAGAGGGAAACUCAUUGGCAAGAAAAAUGGACAAGGCCGGGAUUGCAUCUUCACUGAGAUUGUGUUGGAGAACAACUACACCGCCCUGAGGAAUGCCCGGUAUGAGGGAUGGUAUAUGGCCUUCACCCGUCGAGGACGUCCACGAAAAGGCUCGCGGACACGGCAGCACCAGCGUGAGGUCCAUUUUAUGAAGAGACUGCCAAGGGGUCAGCAGCCUGCACAUCCCAGCCACCACCGACCAUUUGACUUCAUUCACUACCCCUUCAACCAAAGGACUAAACGUAUGCAGUUCUCAUCUGAGCGCUGAGGAACAGUUGAAAAAGGUGGUGAGGCAGAAGAGAAACAAACAGACUGGUAGUUUCAUCCGCUGGAGAUUCAGCGGACUCUUCUGCGUCUCUUAACUGAGAAAUACUCUCAAUGUGUCGGUGCUGAAUUAUUUUUCGGAGAGUCAGACUGUAAAUAGACAAAAAUAAGAACUCUAUUUUUCUACAUCUGGAUUUUUUUAGAUGCGCAGAAUUCCUUGACUUAUUGUUAGUGGAGCAAUAUUUUUUUAUUUUUUUAUGACGGUUUUACUAUUGAGGUCUUUUAUCUCCUCUUGCCUGCUGCUUCAAGGAAACUUAAACAGAUUGAUCAUUGAAUCUCAGUGUUCGACAGAGUCCAAUUCAUUAAUCAUUGACAAUGUUCAUGUGGUAGCAGGGGCAGAUCAUCUUCUUUCCAGACUACAUAUCAUGAGGGGAAUGUGUUUUGAUGACACAAUUCAAACCUUUUGUAGAAUCUGGUGGAACAAAGGCAGCUAUAUUUGAUUAUCGCAGGUAUUUCUGUGUACUGUGUACAACUGUAUAGAGUUGUUACGGUCAAAAGACGUAGAGGUGUAAAGAAACCCUGGACAUACUCAUGACUCACUUCACACUCUCUUUGUCACCCUUGUAUGUCUUGUUUUUAUACAUAUAAAAGAUAUAUUUUAUUUGGUAUGUAAAAUAGUUUUAAGGAUGAAAUAUUUAUUUAAAUGUGUCAUGAAAUACUGAAAAUAAAUUCUUGUUUGGUA